AACUGUCAGGCCAACUCAGUGGUUUUUCUCUCUGUUCUUUCACUCAGCUGAACACCUCCAUGCGUCGAGCACUGACCUGUCUUCGCUUCCUUCCUCUUCUUCCCUCUCUGCUGCGGACUCGAGGGAACAGAAUCCACCAUCAGAACCACCACACCUGGACAUCUAUGGCUCUUCUAUCAAACCUCAAGGGACCGCAGAGCCGCUGUUCCUAGACAUGCAGCUGUGCUGAGAAAGCAAGAGGGUGGGUGAGCCGGGGUUUUUGGUGUGGUGGAUGUUACAGUUUUCUCCUCGCCAUGGCAGCAGCUAUGCCGGUGUGCUACCACGGUGCCAUCAGCAAGAAGGAGUGUGAGGAGCUUCUGGGAAAGAAGAACAAGGAUGGAGCCUACCUGAUCCGAGACAGCGAGACCAUCCAGGGAGCCAUGUGUCUGUGUGUUUAUAAACACAAGGUGGUGUAUACCUACAGACUGCUGCAGACACACGCUGGACACUUUACUCUCCUGGCCGCAGGAGGUUUGCAGGAGACGAGUUUUAAGACUUUGGAAGAUCUGAUCCGUCACUAUAAAAGGAGGAACCAAGGCCUCGCCAUACACCUGCGCCACUCCGUCAAAAGGAAGACGGCCUUGUUGAUCCAGGCCCAAAGACAACCCCAACCUGAAGCGGUGCCGCAGAGGGAGCCGGCGCCACAGAGGGAGCAACCGCCUGCAGCUGAAGAAGACCACGACUAUGAGAAUGCUCCGGAUCUAUCUGAGUACGUCGAAGUCCUUCCUUCCUGAACAACUCUGACUUUCUGCAUCAAACACAUGAGGAUAAGACGUUUGGGGGUGGGGGGGUUGAACUACGGGCACCUAAACAAGGAUGACAGGUUCUCAGACUGACUCAGAUUCAGAAUAAUGAAUAAGAAACUUGGACAAAUGGACAGACGCUGAAGAAGGAACUCUUCGUCUGCUUGUGCUCCUGUAAUUAUAAUACAUUAAGGCCUCACCUGGUAGAGCUGGAGCCCCAUGAACCGAGGCUGCGGCAGCCGAGGGUUCGAAUCCCCUCUCUUGACCCCUUUCCUGUCCAUUAAAGGGAAGUCAAGUUAUGUUAACUAUAUAUUUUUUUUACUUGUUCUUUGGUGCCUGUGUCCACUUUCGGAGCCUAUCUAUGUUCCUCAGCUCAAUAUGACACCUGGAAGAGACCUUUCGAAGGGUUUUAUGUUCUCAGCAAUGUUCUUUAGACACUGAUUUGAACAUCGGGAACAUAGUUAUGAUCCCGUCCACGACUGCCGUCCAGACUGAAGUAUCUUUAGACAUUUAAGGUCCCCAGUGGAUGAACUGUAAUCACUUUGUUGAUCUCUUGUACUUUUUAAGAUAGCUCCAUUAUUUGUUCUAAUGUUUAUUUUGUGACUACAAACUUUGUGUUUAGUGAUAUUUAACAUGCUAACACGCUAAACAAAGAGGGUAAACAUGCCUAACCUGCAUUAGCAUCAGCAAGUUGUCCUAAACUGUGGGGAUGUUAGAAGGCUAACGUUAGCAUUUAGCUGUAGAAUCUUAGUCUUGUUCUAUUUUAUUCUAUUAUUCUAUUAUAUAUAUAUAUUAUUCAUUAGUUUUUCUUGUCUUUCUGCAGCUGUCUUUGCAGUUAUGCGCGUGCACUGUGUCGGUAUGUUAUUUCUGUUCAGCUGAGCAUUGGUAUGACAUGUUUUUGACACCUACAGUGAGACACUGACUUACAGUUAGGUGUGAUGAGAAAAAAAAGCCUCAAAUUUGAUUUUAAAUGCUAAAUAUAGAUAAUUUGCAUGUUUAAAAUCUUAAGAUCUAUUAAAGGAAGUCAUUGAUGCAGAUCUACUCAUAUCACAAAAGACAUACCGGUAGUCAUCCAGGCGAUGGAAAGUUUCCGUGUUUAAGUAUUAGGUGACUUACAACUUCUAACUUUAACACAGUCAGAGGUCAUUUUGUGUUUUUUCAAGAUGAAUGUAGAAACAUAGACUGUCGAGAAGUGGCACAAAGUAUAUUUCUCAUGUUUUUCUUGGUAUAUAUGUUUUUAUUUUCAUUCUCAACAAAUUCUCAGAAAAGACAAAACCUACAGUGUCUCUCAAGACUUUCUGACUUCCUCUAUCUGUGUGUCGCAGCCCAAAGCUCACUGGUUCCCACUGAAGAGGUGAAUCUUUUUUUUAAAAAGGUUUCUUAAUUUCAUCACUGUACUUUUCUCAUAAAGCAAACAUACAAAAACAAAAAAACAGUGCAUUUAUUAGAGGCUAUUUUCUGAUUAAUCUACUUUUGGUUCUCUAGUGGGGCAGCAGGAUGGUGUAUGUGUCACUGAAUAAAGAAAAAAAGGUGGUAACGUGACUCAGUGCAACAGUGUGGCUCUGUGGCCCAGAGGAAGAAGAUAUAUCAGGCUUUAAUACACACAUAAUAUUAGUUUGGACUUUAGAGAACCUUAAGUGUGUGGUAGGAGUGGGUUUCGUUGCUCCUCUCCUGCUCAGAAAUGCUCCGACCACCAGAGAGAGCGAGGGAGAGAGAGAGAGCGCUGUCACAACCUCUGGUGAUUCAAAAGCAUGUGCUCAAGAAAGUGAUGCACUCAAAGAAACCAACGACACGCAGGACCUGUGGUGAACCGCCGGUGUGUGAAUAAGUUGUUUGUCCGACUCUAUUGAGUAACAAUAAGUGUUAAAUGUUGUUUACGGCCAGUGAGAAGCUGCAGUUUCUAAAUACACACUAUUCUUACUUCACAGAGAUUAACAUCUGUGUUGAUUCUUUUAAUAAAUUAGGAUUUAACCAUAUAUUUGACAGCAUUUGUUCACAGGCCACUUGAGAAACGACGAAUAUUACCCACAAUGCAUUGCUUUUACACUAUUGUACUGUUUUAAUGGGAAACGUGAUGUUGCUCUCAUAAUUUAACAGCAUUUUGUUCCAGUGAAUUUAAGACAUACUCUGUCUGCUAUAUUAAUAUAUAUUUUAACUGGGCCAAUUUAUUAAUAUCUUUUAAGGAAGUUUCAUGGUAACUUUAACUUGACAUAGUGAAACCAUAAGCAUAUAAUUUGGACUAUAUUUAGGGUUGUGUAACAUUUCAAACAUGCAGUAUUAACUGCAAUUUCCCAGCUUGGGAUCAAUAAAGUAUAUCUAUCUAUCUAACAUGAGACAUAUUUUGGGUGUGUGGCAGAGAUUAAAGUGCUAAAUAUACAGUUAAAUGAUAAAAUGAACUGUAAUAUAUAAUAUAAUAUAAUAGUAAUGAGUCUGUUUUUUUUAACCUAUUGUCCGAAAUCUGUCAUCUGUAAGUUUUUAUUGACAUUCUCUGUCCUUUGUUGAACCUUUUUGCGUUAUCAUUUACUGAAAGUAGAGCAGUAAAUGAUAACGCAACGAGGUUUGAUUAAAACAGAAGACAAAAACAGAAACCAAAACUUUGGUGUGAACUCACACUGUGUUCACUUCUGUGAAACCAGAGAAGUGAAUGAUAUAUCUUAUUUCUUCUGAGCAAUUGACAUAAAUAAUGCUUCUUGUAUCACAGUGACUUGUUGUCUGGCUGCUGUUGCUUACCACUCGUCAGACGUUCCAUGUAUUUGUAUUACUGAAGACCUUAAGGAUGCAGGAAAUAGUUGAUAUUAAUGCAACUUUUUUUGUUUUUAAGGAGACAUUAAAGUCUUUCCUCACUUUCUAUAAAUAUGAGUAUGAAAUGUUUCCGCUGUGAUAAUGUGUGAUUAAAAUGACCACUCUUCCAGACAUAAGAAA